CUGUCCAGCAAUGGGCUGCUUCAGAUUGAUUUCAUUGCUGCUGGUGCUGCACACAGCUGCUGUUGCUUCAAGGAGUCAUAAUAUUCGUUUGGAGGGUAACGGAUAUACCAAUCUAGUGAUUGCAGUCAACCCUGGAGUUCCAGAAGAUCAAAAUAUCAUCACAAAACUACAGGAUAUGGUUGAAAGUGCCUCUAAAUACCUCUUUAGUGCUACUGGACGCAGGUUCUAUUUCAAAGAGGUGAAAAUCUUACUUCCCAUUACCUGGGCACCAGUUAAUUACACUAAAGGAAGGACCGAAUCAUAUGAAAAGGCAAAUGUAAUUGUUGCUGAGCCGUAUCUAAAACAUGGAGAUGACCCUUACACUUUGCAAUAUGACGAAUGUGGCCAGAUGGGGCAGUAUAUUCAUUUAACACCUAAAUUCUUAUUGGAUGACAUCAUGAUUGGUGUUUAUGGACCUCGAGACAAAGUGUUUGUACAUGAGUGGGCCCACCUUCGAUGGGGAGUCUAUGAUGAAUAUAAUGAGCAGCAGCCAUUUUAUAUAUCCAAGGACAAAAAGGCUGAACCAACAAGAUGCUCAAAAGAUAUCAGUGGCAGCACAGGGGCUCUGUCCUGUAUAGGAUCUUCGUGCACUGUUGAGACAUGCACCAUCGACCCCGCUACAUCAUUACCAACAGGGAACUGCAAGUUUUUCCCAGACAAAAACCAAAAUACAGCCACGUCCAUAAUGUUCCUCCAGAGCCUAUCAUCUGUAACAGAGUUUUGUGCCGAAACUACCCACAAUUCUGAAGCUCCAAACAUGCAAAACAAAAUGUGCAACUACAGAAGUGUGUGGGAGGUGAUCAGAGAUUCUGAGGACUAUAAGGGAAGUGCCAGCAUGACAACAACUCCUCCACCACCCAUAUUUACUCUGAUUCAGCAGAGUGAUCGAGUAGUCUGCUUUGUUCUGGAUGUGUCCGGGAGCAUGAGUGGUAACAGAUUGAAACAAUUGCAACAGGCUGCAGAAAUAUUUCUACGUCAGAUAAUUGAAGAAGGCUCCUGGGUUGGAAUUGUUACUUUUAGCAGUGUUGGCAAUAUAGUACAAACAUUGUCUUUAAUUGAAGGUGAUGCUUCUCGAAUAGCACUAGUAAAUAAACUGCCGACAGCAGCUAGUGGUGGAACAGAAAUUUGCAGAGGACUUGACAAAGCUUUUGAGGAACUUCGCAAAGAUGACUCAAAGACUGAUAGUGAUGAAAUUAUUCUUCUAACGGAUGGGAUAAACAAUACACCCGUAAACUGUUUGACCAAAGUUCAAGACAGUGGAGCUAUUGUCCACACAGUAGCUUUUGGACAAAGCGCAGAUAAAAUUCUUUACAACAUGUCUUCAGACACAGGAGGAUUAUUUUUUACUGCCCAUGAUCAGGUGGAUUCCACUAGCCUUAUCGAUGCCUUUGCUGCCAUUAGAACCUCUGAUGGAAAUCUCACUAAGCAGUCAAUCCAGCUUGAAAGUUCUGGGCAGAAAAUGAAAGCCAAGGACUGGUUUAAUGGAACUGUGUCCAUUGAUAAAACUGUUGGAAAAGACACCUUUUUUGUGGUCACUUGGGAGACAACUAUGCCUGUCAUGUAUGUAAGAAGCCCAGGUGGACAAACCUAUGAGAAUGUAAACUUCACAGUAGAAACCUCCUUUGGAACUGCUCGUCUGAAUAUACCAGGAAUAGCACAGACAGGGGACUGGACUUAUAGUCUCUUCAACACACUAACUACCGUUCAAAGUCUAACUAUGACAGUGACUUCCCGGGCAGCAGACGCCAAUGUGCCACCAGUGACUGUUAACUCCCACAUGAACCAAGACACCAGUACUGGGAAUGCUCCAAUGGUGGUUUAUGCUGAAGUCAAACAGGGUUUCUUGCCUAUAGUGCAUGCAAACGUGACAGCUGUUAUUGAAACAGAGACUGGAAAUAUAACUACUCUUCAGCUUCUGGAUGAGGGAGGAGCUCCAGAUCUUGUUAAGAAUGAUGGUAUAUAUUCCAGAUAUUUCAUAAAUCUUCAAAAUGGAAGGCACAGCCUGAAAGUGAAUGUACAAGGAAGCAAGGGCACAACAAGACUGGCGGUGAGGAGACAGGGUCGAGCCAUGUACAUUCCUGGAUACGUCAAAGAUGGCAAAAUUGAAUUGAACCCUGAAAAGCCACCAGUCAAUGAGGAAGACCUCCAGCUGAAUUUAGGAAGCUUCAGCAGAACAACCUCAGGUGGUGGAUUUACAGUCACGUUGGACCCUAAUGCUCAACCACCACGUUUCCCUCCCUGUAGAAUUACAGACUUGGAUGCAGAAUUCAAAGAUUACAAGGUGUUUCUUUCAUGGACAGCCCCUGGAGAAGACUUUGACCAGGGAACAGCUGAAUCCUACGAGAUACGGAUGAGUACAAACUUCCAAGAACUAAGAAACAACUUCUCUGCUGGUCUACAUGUGAACACACAAGGUCUUUCACCAAAGCUGGCCGGCUCCAAGGAAACAUUUAUCUUCACACCCAAGGAAAUACCAAUAGAGAAUGGGACAAUAAUCUACUUUGCAGCCAGAGCCAAAGACACCCAGUCACUUUCUGCAGAUGUUUCUAACAUUGCCCAGGCAUCUAUGAUAAUGGCACCACCCACUGUAAUAGAUAGCAUAAAUAUCACAACCAUUGUUUUAGCAGUAACAGGUUCAGUGGCAGCUAUAUGCAUUAUCGCCAGUACAACUCUGUGCAUUUUGAAAAGAAAGAAAAGUUUUUCUGCAUAAAGAAAAUUAUAAUGAUUGUCCUACAAGGCAACACAUUCAGAUUAAUACCCACAUCUUGUUCAUUCAAUAUUUUGUUGCAUGCUUAUACAACUUAAGAUCAAGCUGAUUUACCAAUUACACUUCAGUACUUGAUGUAAAAUAUAUGUAAUAGCCUCAAUACAAAAAACACUAAAAUGUCUGUGUAAUGUACCUGUUAAUA